AUGGACAUAGACCAAGGCUCAAGUUCGCCGCUGGAACAGGUGUUGGGUGUAUAUUCCAACGAAGCUGGCCCUAUCAUCUUCGAGGAUCCGGUCAGAGACGUGGGUCCACUGACUCCGAGUGCGCUUCACUUCCAGACUCUUUCACUGCUAGAUCCGCCUCGCAGGUAUCUGCCCGACUUGGCGUCGCAGUCCGCUGUCGAUAUUAAUGCUGUCCGUACCAGCGUCUUUGUCAUGCAGACGACCGAUCUUCAAUACUGUUUCUCUGAGAUCCAGAAGGACGACGUCAUGAUCUCCUUCGACAAGGGCAAGCAGAUCAUGAAGCUCGACAAGUACCUCUUAUGUGCUGAGUCUCGCUUCUUCGCACCGAUGCUAGACGGUCCAUCUAUUGCAAGUCAAACACGCUGCAUCCGCCUCCGCGACGACUUCCCCUACGCCAUCGCAGCCAUGAUCCAGUACAUUCAAGACGGCAUCUACAUCUUCAACCCCAACAUGCGACUAGAGUACGAGAGCAUCACCCUUCUGGACCUCCACGUGCACGCGUACGUUGUCGGAAACAAGUACGACGUCGCCAAGCUAUGCAACCACGCUAUCGGAGAGUACAUUAACAUCGUCAAAAUGGUCCUCAGUAUGGGUCUGCCCUCCGGCGAAGACCCAACCGACUUUUCCCACAACUCUGCCGAGGUCGAUCACAAGCACCCCGACGCCGACCCUGUCUCAUCGGUUCUCAAUUCUUUCCUCGACUCUCUAGUUCUUGUCUGGCGCAACACUAUAGAUGGGAACGAUAUGUUGCGCCAGGCUGUUCUCGAGCUACUGAAACCUGACAUCAACCAACUUAUGCGCUUGAAGUUCUUCCAGACGCUGAUGUUGGACUUGACGGGCUUUGGUGGUGAUCUCGUUGACAGUUUAGCUGAGGACGGGUUCGACGUCCAGGCUUGGCCUGCCAUAGGCGGCAUGUGGCAGAGGGCUAGGGUCAAGUUUGGCACCGCCAUGUAG